UACGCGGUUACGGCGACGAAAAUAAUUGCGACAUUUUUCGCUCGAACUACCAUGCAUUUCGCAUUGACCGACUACAAUUGCAUCGGAUUCGAUUUGGACAACACGCUGGCCAGGUACAAAUUGGCCAAUUUGGCGCGGCUCCAGUACGACCUGCUCGCCGGGUACCUGGUCGACCGGAAAAACUACCCGCGGGAAAUCCGCGGCGCCCCCGUCGAUACCGAUUUCCUUCUCAAAGGACUCGCGAUCGACACUAAACACGGCAACGUGGUGAAGAUAGCGCGGGACGGCAGGAUCGUACGGGCCGCGCACGGUACCAAAUGGUUAACCGAAAAAGAACUGCUCGAGUUCUACCCGCAAAAACGGGCGGAAUUCGUCGAGAAAUUCGUCCGGAAUCCCGUCGAAUUCGUUCGCGUUUACACCGAACGCAUGAAAUUCUGUCUGGACUAUUUCGAUUCCGCCAACUCCUUGAUAUACGCGAGAUUAAUAGACGCCACAGAACACAAAAUAACCUUCAACAGAAUGUGGGAAGACCUCACGGAAGCGCUCUACAACACAUUUUCUCCAAAUUACGAUGACAAAGGUAACAUCUACAACGUACUGAAGGCGAAUCCGGAGGAAUAUUACGUGAGGUGCGACGAAACGGUGCGCGACUGGUUGACGAGCUUGAAAUCCUCGGGGAUUACCCUGUUUUUGGUGACGGGAGCGUACAAGGAGGCGGCGCUCGACACGUUGGAGUACGUGCUGGGUAGGAAUUGGAGGAGUUUCUUCGAUCUGACGGUACUGGAAGCGGGAAAACCGGGUUUUUUCGUCGGACCCGCCGACGAUUGUUCGAAUUGCGAGGCGCUCUCCGACGGCGUGUACACGAUGAAAUGUUGGCGGAACGUGGAGGUGUUUUUGCGGGGCGCCGUCGAUCGCCCGAAGUGCCUCUACGUGGGCGAUAAUUUGAUCGAGGACGUGUACGCGCCCGUCGUAUCUUCUUCGGCCGAUACGUUGCACGUUUGCGAGGAAUUGGAGGCGGAAAAUUCGACCGGGUACCAUCCCGACGAGAAAAUUCUCUCAUCCGACCGAUGGGGUUCUUAUUUCCACGACGCUGACGGAACACCCACGUUUUGGAACCACCUCAUGCACGUUUAUCCGAAACUUUGCGUACCGAACGUCGAUUAUUUAGCCAAGUUUCCCGUUAAUCAUAAGUUUACCAGCACCCAAAUUGUUUGAUUGAUUUAUUUCACUAUUCAGCUAAUUAUAGUUAGUACAAUUUAAUAUUAGGUUAAGGGGAACACAGGAAAUGAUUUUUUUUUACUCACAAAA